AUGUCGUCCGCCACGAAACCCACUCAGAAGAGCGCGCUGAACAUCGUAAUGGGCGCGAUGACGUUCGGUGCGCCGGACAAGGACGGCGCGCGGGUGACUGACCUGAAGGACUGUGCUGCAAUCCUUGACGUGUUCCAGUCGCACGGACACUGCGAGGUUGAUACCGCCCGAGUAUACGUUGGUGGGACGUCGGAAGAAUAUCUUGGCAAGCUGGACUGGCAGAAACGCGGCCUGAAGAUGCACACCAAGCUUUACCCCACCUUCAAAAGCCCCGUGGGCGCCACACUCCCCGAUGCGCCGCAGGAUAUAUCUCAUACUCCCGAGAGCCUCCGCAAGCAUUUCUUCGACUCGCUAAAGGCAUUGAACACCAACCACAUCGACAUGUUCUACCUCCACGGCCCCGAUAGGAACACUCCAUAUGAAGUGACGCUGAAAGCCGUCAACGACCUCUACAAGGAGGGUUACUUUGACCGUUUCGGCAUCAGCAACUACACCUCUUGGGAAGUGGCCGAGAUCGUCACCCUCUGCAGAGCGAACGGUUGGAUCCAGCCCACCGCGUACCAAGGCAUCUACAACGCCAUCCACCGGAUGGUCGAGCCGGAGCUCUUCCCAUGCCUGCGGAAGUUCGGCAUCAGUUUCUACGAGUUCAAUCCCUUAGGCGGAGGCUAUCUUGCCGGUCGGUACCUGUCCCCAGAUGCGCCAUCUGAAAAGGGUUCUCGGUUCGAUCCUGACAGGCCUGUGGGCAAGCUGUACCGUAAAAGGUACUUCAACGACACGUACUUCCGCGCGCUCCAGGGUAUCAAGGCGGCCGGGGACAAGCACGGCCUGACGAUGGCGGAGAUCGCCCUCCGCUGGGUGUCCCACCACAGCCUCAUGAAGCGGGAGUACGGCGACUCGAUCAUCAUCGGUGCUUCCAGUGUCAAACAUAUCGAGCAGAACCUGGACGAUCUGGAGAAGGGCCCGCUACCCGAGGACGUCGUACAAGCGGUGGAUGAAGCUUGGGAGCUGGUCAAGCCGACUUGUACCACGUACCAUCACUGAUUUCUAGGCACGUUCAUGUAAUUUCAAUCAACUGUGUAACAUCAAUUAGCAGAAUGC